AUGAUUUUCCCUCGAUUAAAUCUCGUUUCCUCGUUAUAUCCACACUUUAUGAGUUUUCGACAAGGUCAGAUUCGGGUGUUGAUAACCACGGAUGUAGCAGCACGUGGUUUAGAUAUUCCACAAGUUGAUUUAGUUAUUCUCACAUCACCACCACAGGAUUGGGAAUCGUAUGUUCAUCGAUCGGGUCGAACUGGAAGAGCUGGAAGACAAGGAGUGGCCAUUUGUAUGUUCACUGACGAUCAAAGUAAACAACUGAAACUUGUUCAACAGAAUGCGAAUAUUCAUUUCUCCAACAUAUCUGGUGUACCAUCGAAUGCUCCUGAAGAGCGGCAACGACAAAUAAGAAGACAAAUGAUUAACUAG